CUGGCUUUGAAGGACAGGUCAAGGGGUGCGCGUGCGCCGUGCGUUGGCCCAGCGCGCGUUCUCGGUCGGCCGAGUCUGGGGGUCCUCAAGCCCCCCGCGACACGACGCUGUCGCAGGUUGCGCUGGGCAAAGGCGAAGCCUGCGCAAACCAGACGCUCCGGCCGCGUUUCCUUGGCCGGAAGUGCGCGCUCCAUAGAAGUGUCCCGGGAGUCACGAAGCCCUUCACCUGAACCAGCAGCCCAGGGAGGACUGCAUUUACUGACCGCCUAAGGAAGAGUCCUUCGCCUUGCUACUUCUGGCAGCUGGCGCGACUUGGCCGGACACACAAGAGCAGGGAUGUUUCUGGAGAGUAAACGCACGAGGCUGCAAUGCGGGGCACUCAGUGUGCUGAGCUCCAAGAGGCCUGGAGGCAGGACCCACCGGAUGACCCGGAGCCGCUCCUGGGAGAACUGACCAGCGUUCAGGACCGAGGUCACCGAAGUUACGGCGGUGGGAGGAACGCCCUCCCGACGGCGCACACACCUCGGAACGCGGCUGCUGAAGGACCGCGGCAUCGGUGUCCGAUCCGCGGCAAAAGCUUUGAGCAGCAAGCCGACCUCCUCGACCACCAGAAAAUCUCCACGGGGAGGAAGCCGUUCCAGUGCGGCGAGUGCGGGAAAGCCUUCAGCUACCCCUCGGCCCUGAAGGUGCACCAGCGGACGCACACCGGGGAGCGGCCGUUCCCCUGCGCGCAGUGCGGCAAGGCCUUCAGCCACAGCUCGGCGCUGCUCCUGCACCGGCGCGUGCACACGGGCGAGCGGCCCUACGCGUGCGGGGACUGCGGCCGCGCCUUCUCGCAAAGCUCCUCGCUCGUCCUGCACCGGCGCACACACACGGGCGAGCGGCCCUACGACUGCCCCGCGUGCGGGAAGGCCUUCUCGCGCCACUCGGCGCUGGUGGAGCACCGGCGGGUGCACACGGGCGAGCGGCCGUACGCCUGCAGCCUCUGCGGCAGGGCCUUCAGCCAGAGCGCGCACCUGGCGCGCCACCGCAAGGUCCACGUGCAGCCCAAGGCGCACGGGUGCGGGCACUGCGGCAGGGCCUUCCGCUCGCCCGCCGCCCUGCUGCAGCACCGGAGGAUCCACACGGGCGAGAGGCCCUUCGGGUGCCCCGAGUGCGGGAAGGCCUUCACCCAGCGUCCCUACCUGGCGCAGCACCUGCGCGUGCACGCGGGCGAGCGGCCCUUCGAGUGCGAGCGCUGCGGGAAGGCCUUCGGCAAGUGCGCGCACCUGGCGCGGCACCGGGAGACGCACGCGUGCGUCCGCGCGCCGGCGGGGAGGGCGCGCGGCGGGGACGCGCCCCAGGGGCGCGCGGACGCCGGCACCUCUGUCGCAGGGCGCCGCAGGCAGCGGCGCCCACCCAACCUCUGCGGGGACUGCGGGAGGGUCUUCAGGUGCAGCGCGGCCUUGGCCCAGCAUCGGCGGCUGCAGGCCUGCUGACCCUCGCGGCAAACUGCGGGGCGGGCCUUUCGCCGGCAACUUGGUUCAGCACCUCGGAGACCCCGGGGGGUAGGAUUUGGGGCAAGGAGUCAGCAGCGGAGCCUUAACGAGAAGCCGCAUUAUGCCCCCUUUUUGAAAAAAAAUAUAUUGGAAAGCCUUAUUUUGUCAGUCUCCGAUUUUCCACGCCUCUUACUUUGGACCUGACCUUGGGGACGUACGUGUAUCGGCCAUCGGACCCCUCGGCUCCCCCUGGCCGUGCAGGUACCUCCUCUGGGCUUGGAGGGUCAAGCAGGCGAGGGGGCUGCUUAAGGGACGGUCGUCUAGGAGGCUGGGAGAGCAGGGAGCCUGGGGGCCUCUCUGGCUUCUCCCCUGCAUGCAGGAAAGUGGCCUUCGAGUCGGCCCAGAGCGCUGUGGGUGUACAGGUGCUGCCCUAGGGCUUGAUACAGGGAAAGCCUUGAGUGCUUGUGCCAUCCCUCUUAUCGUGUUACAGGUAGGAAAACGGAGGCCCAGGCCCUCGGGAGCUGGGAUGACCCAGGAUGGCGACCCGGGCAGCGGGGCCCAAGGAAGUCUUCUCCUAAGGAGGCAGCUCAUGACUCCUGUGCUCCCUACCCAGUGGCAUCCUGGUAUUUCAUCCCCUGGGGCUUGGUUUCUCCCACCCCCUCCCCCGUUUCCCAGACCAAAAAAAAAAAA